GUCUGGACUCGUCUGAUUCCAUGAGUAAAACGUACGACGGCCAGAACCUCAGCUUGGGCAAGAAAAAGAAGAAGAAGCGAAGGCACAGUCGGACCAUCUUUACGUCGUUCCAGCUGGAGGAACUGGAAAAGGCCUUCAAGGAGUCUCACUACCCGGAUGUGUACGCCAGAGAAAUGCUCUCCCUCAAGACUGACCUUCCCGAGGACAGGAUACAGGUGUGGUUCCAGAACCGACGGGCGAAGUGGCGCAAGACGGAGAAGACGUGGGGUAAGAGCACCAUCAUGGCGGAGUACGGGCUGUAUGGUGCCAUGGUGCGACACUCACUCCCCCUCCCGGAGACCAUCGUCAAGUCAGUAGACAACGGGGAGGACUGCCCCGCCCCCUGGCUGUUAGGGAUGCACCGGAAAAGCAUGGAGGCGGCGCAGCAGCUGCAGGAGUCGGAGCCGGACGGUGAAGCUAGUGACGGACGGGAGGACCCCCAGCGGCACCAACAGCAGCAGCAGCAACAGCAACAGCAAACCUCGGGAGAACAGCAGACUGAACAGCAGGAACAGCAGAAGCGGCAGCAGCAACAGCAGGGCCACCCGGGAGAUCAUCAUGGGGACCCUGAGGGCGGGUUCCCACGGGAGUCUCCCCACUACCCCAUGGACAAAGAGGUGGGCGGCGGGAGUAACUUCGUUGGGUCGCGGGGGGAGGGCACGAGCAGCCUGCACGCGGGGGGUGGGUCGUCUGGCCAGCCUCCUGCAUCCCUCAACGCCCUCCCCGAUGACCUACGCUCCAGCAGCAUCGCGGUCCUGCGUCAGAAGGCCCAGGAACACGCCGCCAGGAUGAACCUCAACAACAACUUGGCCGCUCUACACCACCCAGAGCCACUACACCACCACCACCUCGGCGGCCACUUCUGAUCGACCACCUCCACUAAGUUAUUAUCAUCGCUACCACCACCACCACCACUGCAACGAGCUUCUAUCACCACUACCACACCGCCUUUACCACCACCACCACUCCAUAACCACCACCUCAGCGGCCACUUUUAAUCACCUACUCCACUGCCACACCAAAACCCCCACCACGGCUACCACGAUUCCACCACCACUACCCACUCCUUCACCACCAUAGCAACUCCUUUUCCCAACCGGCACAACCACUACAACCAAUGUAUCUUUAACAUUAGAACUAUCAGCACAACUACCACUGUAAAAACCAACUUGGCUACCACUAAAGCUGCAAUCACAACCACAACAACCAUAACACCAUGAUCAUCACUGCUAACACAACCUCCACCACAAAUGGUUAUAUAACUACUACUACUACUACUAUUACUACUAAUACUACUACAACCAUCACGUGUGGUAGUUUGAAUCACCCACAAACGACCUGCACAUCUAAGAGUCUCACAACCCACAAUUAAUCGAUACUAUCACAAUUAUGUUCUAAAUAUAUUAGUUUGACUUAGAUGUGACACAACCACAAAUAGUAACACUGUAUGGCAAAGUUCCCUAAAAUUAAUUCGAAAGUCACACCUGUUGCUGAUGUCAUGUUGGUGUCCCUCGUGAUAAGUCCGUUUUCUAUGAAAGAUAAAUAGUGGAAGAAAAAAAUAUUGACGGGUAAACUAUUUUCUUUUAAACAAACGUCGUGUCUUGCUAUAAACUUGGAAUAAUAAAGAGUUAAAUAAUUUUUAGUGUAUCUGACAUCACCAUAACUGACUUUAAUAAUAUAAUCAACACAAAAUAUAUUAGAAAUGAUGCUCUUACAUAACACUGACAAACUUAUAGAAUCGAAAGCUUUAAAGAGGUUGAAGUAAGUUUAGUCCCAGUUAACUUGUGGGAUGUGAGACGAUUAAGGUGGGGUUGAGAGAUCGCCAGGUGUCAUAUACGACGGUGUCUACAGGGACGAGUCCUUCGCUGAUACAUAAUUCUCUACAUAAUGUACAUAAUGACGAGGACUUUGUUGGUCGUAUAAUGUUGUAUUUACACAUUCGAUUUCAAGUGCGGACACCAACACUAGUGAGAGCUCCCCCCCCCCCCUCCACUUAUUAGUAGCCAAGAGUUAUGACAUAAACAAUCAUCUCCAUCAUUACUCCUCCUCCUCCUCCUCCUCCUCCUCC